AUGAAUAACGCGCAACAAGAUAUGUCCCCAGAUUUCGUCUUGAUGCGCUUGGUGUCCGCGGCCGAGUACGACCGACUGGACGAGCCCGAUGAUUUGAUGACCGGAGGAGGCGGCGGCGGCGGGUUCGGUCCCGUCAAAGCCGCGUUGGUUCACCACGGCAACAUCAGCAACGGGUUCGAUUUGGACCCUAGCAGCCCCUCGGCGGGCCUCGGCUCGGCCUCUCCGCAUUACAGUUCGCCGCUCCCCGGGAAAGGAGAGCUGGACAGCGGAGUGGUGUUAACUCAGGCCCCGCCCGGAUCCGAAGCGUCGCUGUCGCCUCCGCCGGGAGGUGCCGCGGACUUCUCGGCGGCGGCGCAGCACUUCGUCGACUUCCCGGGACCUCACGCACACGCACACGGCAGCCACGGUACGCGGGCGCAGCUGAUGGUGUUCCAGAACCUGCUCCGGUCUGGCGACGGAAUUUUAGAAUGCGGUGUGGAGCAGCCGUCGCCGGCAGCCUUCCUCCACCGAGCGGUGAGCGGCGGCGGGGGGAGGGAGACGCAGCAGCCGCAACCUGCGGAUUCGGGUCCGGGCAGCACAACAUCCAGUGGGAGCGGCAGGGGCGGCGACACACAUUGCAUAUCCUCCGCUGAGGACUCCAUGCAACAGCAGCAACGACAGCAUCUCCAGUGGCACGCCGUGUUAAAACUGUCCAAGGCGGCUUCUGAUAGCGCUCAGACUGCAUCACAGGGGGGGCCUGAACUGAACAAUGACUCCGGUUCUGUUAUGUGCCACCGACAUCGCCUCCUGCUCACAGACCGGCUGGCUAAGUGGCCUCCAGGUUUCUUGGACCAGACCUUGCAUUUGGGCCUCCUGGACCCUAGGAAGAAUUGUCCUGCUGGGGAAGAGGACCCUGUCUUUGCCCUGGCCCAGAGGCUGGGGCAGCUAGGGCACAGCACAGACCUACGGGAAGGGAGAGAAGGGGGAGGAGGAGGAUCUGGUGGUGGCAGCGGGGAGGAGAUGGUCCUUGCUCUUCCUCGGUGCUCGUGUCAUAGUGUUCUGGCUUCAGGUGUGGGUGGCAUGGGGCCCGGUGAGGACCCGAGUGAGACCAGUGAUGCUCUGUUAGUGCUUGAAGGUCUGGUUUCUGAAGAGGUGGGUGGAGUGGGGGAGGGAGGGAGUGACAGGGGAGUUGGGGAGAUGGGGAACACAGAGAAGGGAGAGAGAGCUGGAGGAGACACAUUGGGUGGAGCAGGGUGUGUGUUCUCUAGUGGGACUUUAAGUGGUUUGAUGCGACAGGUUCACAGAUUGGCAGAGGAGGCUGGUGUUUGUACAGAGCAGACCUGCCGUUCCUCAUUGGCUGUUCUGGGCCCUACAGUGUCCUUACCCUUGCCUGCUACCCCACUGGUAGAGCUUCACCCCACCACCAGUACGCCUGCUCCCACUCUCUAUGCCCCUGUCCGGCCGCAGACCUCCCAGACCACAGUAGCCCUUGCUGGGCUACAAGUCCUGCCAGACACCCUUCUCUCCUCCAGUCCCAACUCCAUCUCCAGGCCCCAGCAUCAGCACCAGUCUCGCUCCCAGCCCCAGAGCCGUGCCACUACCCCCAAGCUGGGUAUCCCCCCUGGGGGAGCGGGUAGGGCAAUCUCUCCCCUCGUUGUCUUGGAAGGGGAGGUUGGUGGAGGGGGAGGGGAAGGACAGAAGACACCCAGGGGCAAAUCAAGGAAGGGUGGGUCCCUGAAGGUACGACUUAGCAAGUUGUUCCGAACCAAGAGUUCUAGUGGGGGUUCGGGGGGCCUGCUGGACAAAAGGCCUUCCCUGGCAUCGUCCACGUCCUCGGGGGGAAGUCUGCUCGAUGUGUGGGGAUCCACCUCCAGCAACGCAGAACAGGACAGGCUGCAGGUCUCCCGGCCCCAAAGUGCCUUCUCACCAGUGCCCUUCACUCCUGCCUUCACUGAUGACUUUGGUGGGCCACCUCAGCAGCAGGGGCCUUUCCUAGAGCAUAGUGUGGGAGCCUCAAUGCAGUCGCUCCCCCCACGGCCCCUGGCCCUGCCCCAAUCCCUCAGCACCAUCCAGCACAGUCUCAGCCUCAACGACACUUUCCUGCGUGGUCUGCCUAGGCCGGUACCACUGCGUCCGGAUGGCCAGCCUCCCCCUCCCAGGCUGGCCCCGCGCCCUCUCCUCUGCCCCCUCAGUCGGCCCGAUGCUAGCAGUUUCGCUACCAGCCUCAGAGAACUGGAGAAGUGCGGUUGGUACUGGGGUCCUAUGAACUGGGAGGAUGCCGAGAUGAAGCUGAAAGGGAAGCCAGAUGGCUCCUUCCUGGUCCGGGACAGCUCUGACCCACGAUAUAUACUCAGCCUGAGUUUCCGGUCCCAAGGAGUCACACAUCACACUCGCAUGGAGCACUACAGGGGAACCUUCAGUCUGUGGUGUCAUCCUAAGUUUGAGGACCGUUGCCACUCUGUGGUAGAAUUUAUAGAGCGAGCCAUCAUGCACUCCAAAAAUGGGAAGUUCCUCUAUUUCCUGCGCUCCAGAGUGCCUGGUCUACCCCCUACCCCAGUCCAGCUCUUGUACCCAGUCUCCAGGUUCAGCAGCGUUAAAUCUCUCCAGCACCUCUGUCGUUUCUGCAUCCGCCAGCUGGUCCGCAUCGACCACAUACAGGAGCUACCCCUGCCCACUCCUCUGAUUGUCUACUUGAGGAAGUUCUACUACUAUGACCCUGAGGAAGAGAUGUACCUGUCAAUCAAAGAAAGGGGGCAGGACCAGAGCUCCCAGCCAGGGGUGGAGUCUCAAACGUAGCACUGGAGCCUAAUGGGAUGAAGUUUUAUUCAUUUUUUUCUUGAUACCUGACCAGCUGACCUGAGGACUGACAGACGUGUGAUUGGAUACAGUCCCCUGACCGCUGACCCCUGCCCCGAGACAAAACCGCUGCCUGUCGGCUCACUCAGUCCGGCUGUGUAUCAAGGCGGAGUUUCAGAUGAUCCACCCUCCUCAAGCUCUUUGAUUUGCUCGCGGGGAGAAGGGGAGGGGCAGGGGAUGUGGAGACUCCGCCUCCCUCGUGAUGUCAUUGGCGAGCAGCCAAACAAGCAAAGACAACUAUGACAACCCUCCCACAUAUACACAGUUGUGAAAGACUGUUGCCUCUAAAAUCCCUCUUCCUCAAAAUUUUAAAUAGGAAAUAACAAAUUGCUUUGACACUUCGCUUCACAGAAUCAUAUUUAUCCUAUUCAUUCAUUAUCCAAACCGCUUAUCCUUACUCAGGGUUGCGGGUCCCUGUCCUAGUCAUGAACUAGGAUUACUUUUUAUUACAAAGGAUUAAUACUAAAUAAAAGGUGAUGAAGUUUGUAGCAGAGUGAAACUUUUGAGAGGUGAAUUGAUGGAAGUUAUUGACAGGUGUUAGUACUACGUUUAAAUGAGCACUA